AACAAUCUACACGCAAUCACGAUGAUAAUCCGUUUAUUACAGCGCGUGAACAUAUUUAUCAUGUAAUGUUGAUAGUGUCAUUUACGAUAAAAUUUCUUGCCGAAUGGUCUGUUCCGUUGAGAGAUUUUCACUAAAUCUACAGAACCCGGUGCCAGCGAGCCGUUCAUUUUGCUUGUGAUUAUAAUCAAGUACAGGAGCACGGGCUUGUUCAAAUGUAAUUUUAAAAUAUUUGGACUGUAACAGCAUGACCUUGAGCGAUGGUUGGCCGCCAUUUUAUGCAGAAAGGAAAACAUCUGCCGGGGUAGAUGUCAACCAAUUGUAUGUGGCGUUUGUAGCUUCAGCCCUGACGUUUGCUCUGCUGCUUAUAUUACCUGGAGUCCGGGGACUCGAGAGGUCGUAUUUUCUCUUAAGAUGGUCAGUGACACUUUUGGUCGGUGCUCUUAUUAUAGCGUGCGGGCAAGGAAUAUCAUGGCAAGUUGCAGAAAUUAAUGCGGAUUUCCGACAUAAAGUCAACGAAGAAAACAUCACAAAUUUUAGAUUAGGAGUAAUGAUUGGAUUGAACAAGUUUAAUGUUACUCUGGAAGGGUUGAGAGAAAAAAACAUAAAUUUGAAUGAACAAUUCACAUUUCUUACCGUAGACGAUACUAUAUUUGAUUCGUUACAACGCGGUUUACCUUUCCCGAUUCUCACGGUAGCAGAACAUUUUUCAAGUGUAAGAUUUCACUCACUUUGGCCAUGGGGUAGGAAAUACUGGAUGGCAGGACAUUACGCGUCGUACUUAUUGUGGACAGCUCUGGCAUGUUGGGGACUCACCAAUGUAUUGUUUCAUAUGGCACUACAACAUGGUAGUGUGUUCAUGAUCUUGACUGGUAUUCUUCUCCUGUGCACGAAUAUCUCUUUCGCAACGGUAAAUGCUGGCGAACAACUUGUGAUUACACUUGGAUACAAAGAUCCUUCAGAUAGGCUGAUACUCGCCUUCGGAUGGUGUUUUUGGUCAUGCCUUUUUGUAGGUUUUUCAUGUGUUGUGCUGGGUACUAUUGCUUAUAUAUUGGAAAAAGUGAAUAAGUCAUACUUGGAGAAAUUUUUCAUGCUCAGAGACAACCAAGACAAGCAAGAAGACGAUGAUAUCGAACUUGACUACAAUAUUUCGAAAUCAAGUGAACCUUCGACUCCAAUUCGUGGAAUUUUAAAAUCUUCAAGUUCAAGUGGAGAAGUCAAUCCAAGUUUUGUUAUGGAAACUAUUGACGAAAGUACGAGUCGGAAAAGGAGCACAGUGACUAUCUCUGAUAGCGCAGAUGAAGUCUUUGCCGGCAAAGACAGUAAACGUUUUAAAUUCAAAAAAGUAGAAGAGGUGCUUUAAGAUAUUUAAAGCCGAACUGUUUAUUUACUAAACAUUGUGUCCGUUCGGUUUUGCUAAUACUGCUAACGCUCGUUAUUUGCUGUACUUUUGGUUCACAUAAUUCUCUGUUUAUGAAUGAUACCACAAAAUUUUCCCGUUUAUAUUGAAGAUUUCUGGAGAAAUUUUUGUCAUUUAUCUCAUGUCAUCUCAUCACGAAUGCGUAUGUUUGAAAGUAGUGUUGAGUGUGUGGAAACCAAUUUUAUCUGUGUUUAAGUAUGUUGUCAUGUAUAACUCCCCUCCACCAUUGAAAGAACUUGUUAGAAUAGUUCCAUUUACCUUUCACGUUUUACCUUUUUUUCGCGAAUUUUUGGCUAAUAACAAAAUCCAUUCCAAUUGUACCCAAACUUUUUACAUGACACUGAAAAGUAUCAAAAACCGCCUACAAAUGGUGACGGGCAAUAACACAAAGAAAAAAAAAAUUGGCAAAAAUAAUAUUUGAGCGCUCACAAUUUCUUCCUGUCUUUAGGACAACAAAUUCAUAUUCAUAUAUAGUUGCAGUUUAUUCUUUUUGCAUUAUCGCAGAGAUCAUAUUGCAUCAAUCUAACUUUAAAUUACAUGUCCAGACGUUCGAAAAUCGAAAGUAUAUCAUCAAGUUAAUUUGCAAUGAAUUAGAAACCUUUUGUUAUAGAGUAGAUAAGAACUCCAUUCUUCUGUAAUAUUUUAUUUCAAAUUCAUUUCAAUCAUUAAAAUUGGUUUAUUCGUUUCUUAUGUGAAAAAUUCCUAAUUCUUGUUAGACAAUAUUGAUUUUUGCUACAUUAUGAAAUGUCAUAUCCAAAAUGGCCGAUACCUAAUGUAACAAAACUCUAUGACGGUAAAUAUUCGAUUCUACAAAUCCAAUAUACUUGUCUUUAGCUAUCGCCUAUGUGCAUAUCACUUUUUGAUGUAAUGCAAUAUGCAUAUAAUGCAUUGUAAAUGUUCUAAAAUUAUAAAAAUCAUAAUCAUAAGUUUGAUUUUAAUGUAUAUCUAGAACCGUCAUAUUGGAAACUUUUGAUAUCAGGCUUAUUGGGAAGAUACUAGUCGUUGAAUGCAGAA